UCUGUGGACGCCGCUCACUGGCGCUAGUUGUCGGUUCCUGAGCCAACAUGGACGAUGGCAGUACGCUCUCAGCGAAGAGGCACGAAAUUGGCGUUUACUCGCCAUCGAUCUGAACCCCAAAGGUGGAAAAGUACGGCAACUUCAGCAUGGCCAAUGGCGAAGAAAUAUUCCUCCAGUCCCCACUAGCUGCGUGGGUCAAAACAUUUUACGAUGAUGACGGCAAGCCAUUGGACUUCAAGCAGCUCUGCGAUGGCGUCUUUCUGCACACCGUCUGGCUGCAGAUUGACGCCCAUCCCAUGUACUCCGGGGUAAUAAAUCCAGCAACGGACAUGACUUCUCGACUGCGGAAUCUCAACAUGCUACUGCACAACAUCAAAGUGUUCUACGAGGAAGUCCUGGAACAAGUGCUAGUUAUGCACCUCCCCAAUGUGGUCAGCAUUGCCAAAGCAACCUUUGACGAGAGCAGCGAGCAGGAGCUUAGUCGUCUGCUCCUUCUGAUGCUGGGCUGCGCAGUACAGUGCGGCCGCAAGGGACGCUUCAUCGAAGCCAUUCGAAGACUUGACUUGGCCACCCAGGCCUCCUUGGCCGAAGCAAUCGCCUCCAUCACCGACAAUCCGGAUUCGGUCUGGACACGGGACUGGGGUCGCCUAGAGACACUGCCCGAGGCUGACCGGCCGCGCAUGUAUGCCACUCUAGUCCGUCACGUAGCCACCCUCUCCCGACAGCGAGACAGUGCAGCACAGCGCCUAGUGAACCUGACAUUGGAGCAGGAGUCCAGUGGCAGUGCCGACAGUCCGGGUGAUCAGGUGUGGGGUGGCUCUGACGCAGCUUCACCCCAGGCAACCGACUCGAGACUGGGUGUGGAACUUGCCGACACCAAGGCCAAGCUUCGUCGCUGUCAGCAGGAGUUAGAGGAGAAGCUUGAAGUACUGUCCGAACAAAAAGAGGAGCUCAGUCAGCUGAAGGAGGCGAUUGCCAGGUUGCGACAAGAGAACUUGGAGCUUGUGCAAGAUGCGAGAACAGCCAAGGCCUAUAGGGACGAGAUCGACAUUCUCAAAGAAAAGGUGCUGAAGCUGGAUAGACUUGAAAGUGAGAUACAGAGGUACAAGGACAAAAUGAGUGAACUCGACUUCUUCCGCAGCAGAGUGGAGGAACUGCGCGAGGACAAGCGGAUCCUGGGUGAAACAAAGGCCAUGCUGGAGGAACAACUGGAAGGCAGUCGUCGACGUGUGGAGCACGCUGUACAGCUGGAAGCUCAGCUGCUCAAGGCCCGUGCUCGUCUCAGCGAAUGCACCUUGGAGCGUGAUCUGGACCGGAGCCAGGUGCAGAAGCUGCUGGAGCAGAAUGCGCAGCUGCGGCUUGAGCACCAGGCCACCCUGGACGAGAACGUGCAACUCCAAGGGGAGCUGCAGAGGCUGCGAGCGCAGGCCACAUCCCCACGUACAGAGAACAGCCUGCUGGAACAGUUGAACACAGAUGCUGAGACGAGAGCAUUGCACUUUGAGCUGGAAAACAGGCGUCUGCAAGUCCUCCUCGACGAGAUGAAAGCGCAGGUGGAGGAGAGUCCAACAAAGAAUGAGCUACAGGCACAGUGCGCAUUGGCCAAUGAGCGUCUCGAACAACUCGAACAAGAAAAUGCAACGAAAGAACAGCAGCAUGAAAACAACCGUCAUCGAAUAACAGGCUUGGAAUCGGAAAAGGCGGAAUUGCAGCGUCAACUAGAAAUCAGCAAGAAUGAGUGCGCAAAAAUAGAAGAACUUGAAAAGGCUGCCCUGGCAUCGAAUUUGGAAGCACAAAGACUACAGAAGGCCCUCGACGCAUCGCAGAGCAGGCUGUCCACGUGUAGGAUCGAGCUUCAGGCGGCAGAAGCAGAGAAUGCGAAGUUGCAGUCUACGUUGGAGUCUCUCAAAAACCAGCUCCAACGGAUGCACAGCAUCGAGUUGGAAGGCGCGGACCUGGAAACGUGGCUUCACCGGGCCGAACAGGAGCGCCGGUCUUUGGAUCGCGAAGCAAGUCGGCUACGGUCGUCACUUCAGGCCAAGGAUCAAUCGCUGGACGAGCUGUCCUCGCGUGUGUCUACACUGGAACGUGAGAAUGAGCAGCUGCGCAAGGAGGCCCAGAAGGCAGCCGCUUCAGCUGCUCACAACCAAGACCUGGAGCAUCGCUGCCAAGAGUUGUCCCAGAAGGCCUCUCUGGAAGCAAAGGCCCUCAGCGAUCUACGACAGGAACUCGUAGAAGAGAAACUGCGCAACGAACAACUAACUAGUGAGCUGGACCGCAUUGCCACAAGUUUGGAGCUGACGACAAGCCUGUGGAAAACGCAGAGAGAGAACAGCCGGGAAACGCAGGAGUCUCCGAGGGAGCCGACGUUCACGCCACUUUUCUGUCUAGAGAAGACCAAGGCUGUGUUGGAAGAGGUUGAGAAUCUGUCUAGCGUGAGUGCAGAAGACAAGCGAUCGAAGGCUGACCGAGAGGCCGUCCUACCCAAAAGCACCGAGCUGAUUGAAUGUGUUCCUGAGUUGACCAACAGUGUGGACAGAGACAAGCUGAUCUCAAAGAAAGUCGUGGAACUAAAGGAGAGCAUUCUGGCACUCGAAAAGAAGAAUGGCUGCCUUGAGGAAGAAGCCUGGCGCCUGCGUAGCCAGCUGCAGGCAUUACAGGAGCACACAGCCUCCCUGCAGGGACGAGCAACAAGUGGAGAACAGCGCCACCUAGGGCUGCAAGCUCAACAUGCUCAACUGCAGGUGGAGGCAGCUUAUCUAGGAUCACAGCACACAGCCCUGCAGCAAAAAGUCUCUGAGCUUCAGGAGCAGCUGCUGAAGGCCGAGACACAACGAGAUCAGCUCUCUGUCGAGAAGACCGAACUGGCCCAGAGCAAGGAGGCCCUGAUGCGCGACCACCAGGUGCUGGAGAAACUGCAUGAGCAACUGUCGGCCGACUACCAGGCCCUGGCGUCAAACCUCAGCUGCGUCAAGGCCUCGUGCAAGUUGCUCAAGCAGGAGAACGCAAGCCUCAAGGAGCAACUGGAAGAAGCGAACCUUUCAAGUGAAGUGCUCCGGCUGGCCCAGGAUGAACCAGUGGCGAAAAACCUGCGCUCAGAAAACGCCAAGCUAAAGGAGGAGCUGAGCGCUGCCCGACAAGCCGAGGAGAAAUUGCGUGCUGAGUUUGAAGCCCUGAAGACUCAGCAUCGGGCACUGAAAGAGUCGCACAGCAACCUGCGCUCGGACCACAGCCGCCUUCGUGGGGAUCUCGAGGAGAGCCGCAGCGACCUCGUAACAGCGCGGAUGGACCUCUCGCGACUGGUUGCCAGCUACGAGGUGCUCGCACAGGCUCAGGGAGAGUUGCAAGAGGAGAGGAGGAGGCUCCUGUCGGGAAUCUCAUCCCUCUUGAGUCGCUGCAGAAAUGUGCUGCCCGAAUCAUCACUGCCCGGUAUACAAGAAGACAGGGUCCUUCUACGUGAGCUCGAGUCGCUCAGGGACGACCUCGAGGGACGCCUACGAGAUUACGCACGAAAGUUGGACGGGAACUUAUCUCUCUCAAAAGAAUCUCUCUCGAAGUCAAGAUCUGGGUACUUGAGUUGCAAUGUGUCACAGAUGAACGAUGUCCUGAGCGUGCCCAUUGGCUCCAUAGGCAACGGGCUGUGCUCUCAGAGCCGUUUCCAGAGUGAAUAUGGUGACUACAACGGCCGAAAUCCCUGGGGGAGUGCGCCUCAAGAUGACCAGAUUCCUGUGCGCGAUGUCGGGCCCCUGGCUCAGUCUGCCCGCUGCCACGGAUCAUCACCCGAAAGCAGCCUCGCCCACUUUUCCAACUCCUGUGUGCUUCAGGAUGCGCCACCAACCUGCUCAACACCUCUAAGCACACCAAAGCAACAAUCUAGCCCACUGCCAGCUCCAGCCCCGCACGUGACCGUCGAGAACCACACCACGGUGAACCUGGUAACUCAUGUCAAUGCCUCGGAGCCCGCUGCCGCGUCACCGGCCUCCGCGGUGCAGCCGCACACGUCCACGCCGCACGGUUUCUCACGCACGCCUGCUCUGCGGCACUCCAUGUACUCGCGCCUGCGUGGGAGCAGCGUCGGCAACUCGCCCGGCCUGCGAGCCCCUCUCAGGCUGUGCACGUCGCAGGAGAAGCUACUCCUUGACGACGGCACGGACUUCGAUGCCUCGCAGAGUUCGACCGACCAUGCCAAUCAGCCAGGCAGCCGGGAGAAACGAGCAAACGCUGUUUGGUACGAGUAUGGUUGUGUCUGAGUGUGAUCUAGCUAAGCACUUAACUGCUGCGUUUCUUCUGCCUGCUACUUUAUUGGUCGCCGCUGAAGCUGUUUUGUUUAGCACAUCUUUCGUCGCUCUUCGCACAUCCGUGUGCUACGUAAAUCAGUGUCAGCUGUGGCGUUGAUGCUAAACACACACAACUGAAUGGUUGAAAGCCUGCAAUUCGCUUGCAUUUGGUACUUGAGGCACCUACAUGCCUGGCAUGUUGCAAGAAGUAGGAUAGCAUGUCGAGCCUUGCUGAUUCAAGAAAAGUCCCCAAUGAACCGUGGCAAACAAUUAUUUAAUGCGAUUAGUACAACAUAUUCCCACUUGGUACACCGCAUAUAGGGAGUCAACGAGAGUUUGGGCUCAAGAGAUGUCUCUGUUUGACAGGCAUUUCUGUGAUGCAAUAGUGAAGAACUGCGUAACAGGCCUGCUUGCCACAGAAAAAUAGUCUUCAUUGGUGAAACAUUGGGAAAAUUGUACUAAAUAGCUAAAUUAGGAUGUAACAGCAAAAGGAGUACACAGCCAAACUCGUUAGGAAUGUGUUCGUAUCGGUAAACAGAAGUUUGCUGAAUUGACUGCAUUGUUUGGUUACUGUACCCAGAGCCCACCGCUUCUCCCACCACCUGUCAGGAGUGAGUAACUUCUGUAUUCGUGUACUAUGGACAUGGUUACUUUGGCAACAUUAACGAGGGCCACGUUUUUACUUCAAUAUUUGGAGUUGUAGCCCAUAAAUUCCUUUCAUUAAACAGCAGCCCACACGCUUCACUACACUGCGCUAUCUGCAACGCCCAAAAAUUUGCGCACACUGAACGCAGUUUAACUACCACAUUUAUGUGCUUUACAUAAUAGUUUUAUUCAAAAUAUUGAAGGAUGAUGCCAAGCCACAAACGUACAAUUUUCAUGAACAGAAUCAUGGUAUUCAUUGCCUGUCAUUGUUGGGGUAAAACACAGAAUCCGGUUAUCACUGUUUAUUUUUUGACUGCACGGCUGUUCGCCGUUACCCCGGUAUUUCUAAGUGACAAAUGUUGUUCCAGUCUGCAUCUGUUUAAAGCUCAUGAUCAAAACACCGUCGCACUAUGUGACGUUCGAAUCAAAAUGUGUGCAGGUGCAUGAGAUGACUUGCUACAACUGCGUGCCUAAACAGUGUUUCGCUCGUAAUGCGAAAGUGUUUGUGUGACACGGUGAACCGAUACAGAAAACACUCACACUAGAGAUUUUAAGCCAAUCGAAAUACACUCAAACCUCGGUAUAACGAACAUGGAUAUAGCGAAUUACCGGUUAUAACGAAGUAAAUGAAGAAUAGCCUUGUCAUAGAUACAGUGUUAGCAAUAAACGUUUAUAACGAAUUUUCGGAUAUAACGAAGUUAUUUUCGUGGCAGAUGUGACUGUUUUAAUGAAGUUUGAGUGUAAGCACGCCAGUCAGAGAUUGGAUUUUUGACACCACUGGUAGCAGACAUGCUCAAAGCACGACAAAAUGUGUGUACCAAUUGGUGUUGCUUGUGUACUGGAGUUAUGCGGCAUCCUAGGCUGUCAUUUUACAGAACACACACACUGUCGCACAGGAUUUGGAAUGUACAUGCACAAAUAGACCUGGUAAUCAAAAGCUAGGAAUUGUUGUGACGAGUUGAGCCCUGUGCAUAAAACGGUAUGGUUUCUCGAUUACGCAAAGGAAAGAAAAGUUAGCAGGAUACGAUAUUUUCGGGAAACAUCGAAGCAGAGCCUGGCAGCUGGCGAUAUUCUUAAUGCAAAGGUCACAAUUUAUUAAAAAAAAAAAAAAAAAGCUGUGCCCUUUAUGGUUCCUAAGCAAUUCAACGAUUCAUUUAUACACAUGAUGUACUGUGUGUAUUUCUUCAGUUGGCUCAUUUUCCUGCACGUUUUAUAUCUUUUUGUCGCUGUGUUGUGAAAGCUCUCGAUUUAGAUGGUAGGUAAGCAAGACACCAGAGCAUCCUUUCUUUGCUUUGGUUUCUGCAUUGUUGCCAAACUUCCAUCGAAAGCCAUCCCCUGUGUCAACCACCGAUGUGUCCAUUGCCACGAGGUGACAGUUUAAGAUCAAAUGUUGCCAGUCAGGUUCAUUUAGGUUCGUGUCUUUUGGCUUUGUACUCUAAAGGCAUGGUGCAAUCUGUGCUCAUGCAAACCCUUGUUUUUUUAAGGCAUUGACAUCAAUUUGCAGCCUUAUGCCCCCUCCACUAUUAGCUGAGGGAAAGACUUCAAGUUGUAUUGUUAUGCUUCUUUAAAAGAAUAUUAACUUGCUGGUAAAGAAACAUAAGGUUGGUGUGUAUAGUAUGCACCAAUUCAUAUCAUUACAAGAGUCCCCCCCCCCCCCCCCCACCUCUUUGUGCCUUUACUUGAGUGUUUGUUGUUUGAGUGUAUAUGCGUUUCUUAGCUGAACCUACUUAUUUAUUUUUUUCACGCAUUUCCAUUUUGCUCCACCAUUUCGCACUAGUGAGCAAUGAUGUGUUCAGAUAAGCAUUUUGUUCAUUUCACGCUUUCAACUUGGUCCUGUGCUGGGAAAGCAACCUUUCUUUACAACAACGAAAAAUUAGUUUAUUUUGAUGUGUGGCAAGCGAAUGUUAUUGUGCAGUCAAUUCGAGAAUUCAAAUUGUGAAGCGAAGCUUUUAGUGCUGCGAAUGGUCUCGUCGCCUGCUGCAGCAUAGCUUCCAAAGCAAUGCUGGCGCACAACGCGUCGUAAGACUGCGUUAUCCGGCAGCUCACAUAGACCGACUAUGAUGUGCCCACAAAGUUGUGUUGCACUACCGUUAUCGUACAAGAGGUAUUGAGAUGGUGUUUACGGCUUCGUCUCGCAUGCCUGUCACCAACAUAGUCUUCUGAGCUGUUGUGACAAAGCUAUGCUCGGUUUUGGUCGCACUUGUCAAAGUCUGUUCUAGCGAACAGACUUGGACAAGAUGCAGCUGACAGAAGUGUGUCUACACGAGUUACAGGUGUUUCAAGUAACACAUUUUUCUCUAUCCUUUUGCGCACACCUUUCCCUUAGUGCUUAUCCUUGCGCUUGCCUGCACGUAGCACCCACAAGCCAUUAGGAAUGCAAGUGCACGUUGGAGCCCAAUGUUCUAACGGCACUCGUCCCAAUCUUUCCUUGGAUGAGUUGGUGAUCCCCGAUUUUCUCCAUAUAGCGCACACGAACAGUGCUGUGUUCGUACAUGUUUCACUAUUUUUUUUAUUUCAUACUUGCUAUGAUGACAGCUCAGCACAAACUCCCAUAUCAUUUCGCAUGAAUGGCGACAGUAGCAUUUUAGUUAUCUCGUUAAAACUUGUGAGAAGUUAAGGGCAGGAUCAGGUAACGUUAGAAUGUAAGUCGUAUUUAAAUCAGCCGCUGCUGCAAGCGCAUCAUAUCACGCUGACGCUAACCGUUGUGUCACGCUUCUGCUGUCUUUAGAGAUCAAACGCACAGACGACGUAACCCGCACCCCUUUUACCCAUGUUUGAGGGUCUGCAGUUGUUGCUACAUUAAUAAGAAAUGUUAUAACAGUGGAUAAUACAAUGUGUUAAUGUUAUGCAGCUCGGCGAUGCUGCUUGGAAAACGUGUAGUAGUAGUGUGCGUGUCGUAAGUUUGUCACCGCUUUAUGAACAAAGGGUCUGCACUGCAUUUAUCGAAACUGCCCCCAGCUUCAUGCGAGUUGUGCCUGUACGUGUUUUACGAAGACAGUAAGCAUACCAGUCAGCCUGUAGCAAGUGUGUGUAGAACAAGUGUAAUUUAUUAUAGGAAAGCGCACAGUGUUGUGAAUUUUAGACCAGUUGCCUGCUUGUGCCUGCUGUUUAGCGUAGUGUGUACGUACUUGGGCUCCGGGUUGUCUGCGCUCUUUAGUCUACAGCAACUCUAUGCAAUAAUCUCUUUAUUUAGUGCUUGCUUCUUUGAUUAAAUGUCAGGAUGAUGGAAAGAUAGUCUUUUUCGCUGGAUACCAGCUCCUCUGCAUCUUUUGCUGCAAUUUAUUUCUCAUUUCAUUUAAAUUUGAUUUUCACAGGGUAACCACGUGAACAGACAGAGUUACGCUUUUCGCGAUGUUGUGGCUACAGUGCUUUGGGAAGCACCAUUUCAUAAUGGUUCCUCCUGACAUCGACAGUGCUUCUAAAGAUGUAAUAUAUCACUGCCAUACGUUGUGCGUUUCGAAUAGGAGAAGGGUUUCUUCAACUUUAACGAAUGUGAGUGAUUCCUUAAAAAGAGUAGGAAUUUUUUUUUUUGAGUUUGUUCUUAUGAGCUCAGAAAUGCUGUUUGUAGUGAUGUGCCUCAGUUUUUCUGAUUCCUUGCUGUGAUGCGGGCUAUAGCCUUGUGCUUAAUUACAUAUAUAGGAGCAAACAAGUUUACUGCUCCGACGUUGAGCUACGUGCCUGUGCAGUCCAUCAGUUUGACCCGUCGAACACUUUCUUGUGAUGCAGACCGUAAUGUGUGUCUGCGUGAACUUUUUUUUUUCAUUCUCAAGGCUGCAGUUUGCUUCAGCUUUUGACCAAAUCAUGUUAUUUAUGACAGCUUCACAUUAUACAUUUGUUCUCUUUGCAUUUAUUUUUAGAUUUUACGUGUAAAUAGGUGUACAGCUCAUUGUCGUUAGUUUUGUUGGUUGUCGAGUUUUCCCGCUUUUUUUCAGAAGUUUGCGUGAGAUAUAAGUUUGUUGAGCUCAGAGAGAAAACUUCGUUGCCUUGUAGGGUGUUGCCUGAAGAUUUUUUUAAUGUAUUUUCAUGCUUUGGGUCUUCUGAGAGGAAUGAACAGCAAAUAAAAGUCUUCUGUGGUCUGAA